UUAUCAUUCAUCCCGAAUCUCAUUUCUGUUUGUUGAAUUUGUCGAUUCAUUCCUCAUUCUCACCUUCUCUCCCCUCUUUCUCCUCUCUCCUCUCGUUCUCUUUACCUUUUUUUUCUUUUCUACUAAUCUUGCUUACAUCAAUCCAUAUCCAAACAUGUUCCGUUCACUUUCCACAACUGCUGCCACAUUCGCGAAGCGUGGUCUCACGCCCGCCGUCUCCACCCGCAUCCUUACACGUGGUAUGGCCUUCCCUGCCGGACAGAAGGAGCUUCUCAACAGAUCUCUCAAGGAACAGGACCCUGAGAUGUAUAACAUUAUUGAGCUUGAGAAAAAGAGGCAGCGCGAGUCCAUUGUCUUGAUUGCUUCCGAGAACUUCACUUCACGCUCAGUCAUGGGUGCUUUGGGAUCCAUUCUUCAGAAUAAGUACUCUGAGGGAUACCCUGGUGCUAGAUACUACGGCGGUAAUGAGAACAUUGACAUGUCGGAGCGCCUUUGCCAGAAGCGUGCCCUUGAGGCAUUCGAUUUGAAUCCUGAGGAGUGGGGUGUCAACGUUCAACCUUUGUCUGGAGCACCUGCUAACCUCUACGUUUAUGGCGCCCUCAUGAAGCCCCAUGAUCGCUUGAUGGGUCUUGAUCUUCCCCACGGAGGACACUUGUCACAUGGCUACCAGAUUCCUGGCAAGAAGAUUUCUAUGGUCUCUGCUUACUUCGAGACCCUUCCUUAUGAGAUUAACCAAGAAACCGGCUUGAUUGACUACGAUGCUCUUGAGAAGAACUCCAAGCUGUACCGCCCAAAGAUCAUCGUUGCUGGUACCUCUGCCUACGCCCGUGAGAUCGAUUACCCUCGCAUGCGCAAGAUCGCUGACGAUUGCGGCGCAUACUUGAUGUCUGAUAUGGCUCAUAUUUCUGGUUUGGUCGCUGCUGGUGUUUUGAAGUCACCCUUCCCUCACUCGGACAUUGUCACCACUACCACUCACAAGUCACUGCGUGGACCUCGUGGAGCCUUGAUCUUCUACCGCAAGGGUGUUCGCGGUGUCGACAAGAAGGGCAAUGAGAUCAAGUAUGAUCUCGAGGAACCUAUCAAUGCCUCUGUCUUCCCUGGUCACCAAGGAGGCCCUCACAAUCACACUAUUGGGGCUUUGGCCGUCGCUUUGAAGCAAACAAAGACCGAAACAUUCAAGGAGUACCAGCAACAGGUUUUGAAGAACAGCAAGGCUUUUGCUGAUGCCUUCGGCAAGCUUGGAUAUAAGAUGUCUUCUGGUGGCACAGACACACAUUUGAUCUUGGUCGAUCUUCGCUCAAAGGGCAUUGAUGGCUCGCGUGUUGAGCGUGUGUUGGAGUUGGUCAACAUUGCCUCGAACAAGAACACUGUUGCUGGUGACAAGUCUGCAAUGAACCCUGGUGGAAUCCGUGUUGGUACUCCCGCAAUGACAUCCCGGGGCUUGGGCGAGAAGGAUUUUGAACAAGUUGCCAACUUUAUCGACCGCGCAGUCAACCUUACCAAGGAUCUCAAGAGCAAAACCCCUGGCAAGAAGAUUGCUGACUUCAAGUCGUUUGUUGGUGACGGAUCCCAGAUUCCCGAGAUUCAGGCUUUGAAGAAGGAGGUUGCUGAGUUUGCCCGCAAGUUCCCUACAGUUGGAUUCACUGAAGAUGAGAUGGAAUACCGCGACUAGAAAAAAAAAAAUCAGGCAUACUUCUUUUAAGCUUCAUUAGACAAACUUGCAUGAUGCUAGUUCCUUCAUCAUAUUUUUCUCAUCAUUCUUUUUAAUUGCCUUUAUUCAAACAACUGUACAAAAAAAUACCAUUCAAUACAUUAUUUUUGACUUAACAG